CUUCAGACUGAGAAUAUCAGUUUCAUCUAAGCAGCAAUGAUGCGGGGGAAUCUGUUUCUGCUCAUUCUGAUGGGUCAGUGUUCAUUCGUUCUGUGUAGGCUCUACGAGUACCACUUCAUUGAUACGGAAAGAACCUGGGAAGAAGCCCAGAAGUACUGUAGAGACAACUAUUCAGACCUGGCCUCUGUGUUUGACCAGUCAGAUGUGGAGAGACUCAAAGUUCGAGGUAAUGAAUUCACAGAGGAAGCCUGGAUUGGUCUGCAAAGCAUCGCUGGAAAAGAGAAACGUAUGUGGCACUGGUCUCUACCUGGGGUGGAGUUCAAUGAGACAAAAUGGCUUAAUGGUGAGCCAAAUGACAAAGGUUCAGAUGGGAAGCCUGAGAACUGUGUGGCGAUGGAUGCCCCAGACAAAUGGAAGGAUUUUGCUUGUGCCGAGCUAAAACAGUUUGUCUGCUACGAUGAUAAAGUGAUCCUGAUCAAAGAAAGUAAGACCUGGGAGGAAGCCUUGUAUUACUGCAGAGACAACUACAAUGACCUGGUCUCCAUCACUAACCUUGAUGAACAGAGAUGGGUUCAAGAGAGAGCCAAGAACGCCUCAACUCCUUUUGUCUGGCUGGGACUGCGCUACACCUGCACUCUGGAUUUCUGGUUCUGGGUCAGUGAUGAGGUAGUCAGCUAUAAGAACUGGGCCUCAGAUGGAAGGAAUGAUGACUGUGACAUGUCUGGAGCCAUGAAAACAGGAGGAGAACAUCAGUGGGUCACAAAAAUCGAUGACAAGAAGUUUAAUUUCAUCUGUUCUAAGUAA